UGUAACCGCCACUAUUAGUUCACUCUAGUGGAUACAUUUAUUAACUUGAUCUAAACUACACUUAGCAUGGAGGCAGGUGAAAACGUCAGAAUUGAAGACGAAUCAGAAGCUGCAGAGGUUGAAAAUAUUGUUGCCGACAAAGAAAGUGAAACAAUGGCAUUAGCCGAAGUUAAUUUGCUUACUUUCGGUUUCACUGAAAAAUCUUCGAAAACUGAUAUGUGUCUUCUUGUUGAAGGAACAAAGCUUUACGUUGCAAAGUUGAUUCUUUCACUUGCCUCGCCAGUAUUUGAUACGAUGUUCCAAUCCGACUUCAAAGAAAAGUCAAGUGACGAGCUAGAAUUGCCUGGGAAGAAACUAAGGGACGUCUUAGAAUUCCUUCGAUGUAUUUACCCGAACACAUACACCCAAAUUAAUCGCGACAAUGCUAGGAUCAUUCUUCCUUUGUUAGAAGAGUACCAGGUCCUACAGCUAAAACCAAGGUGUGAACUAGUGCUGUUAGAGACAGUCACUGAACAAACGACGACGAAUGAAUUGUUACAGUUAUUGAAGGAAGCAUGUUUGUAUGAUCUUAAAGCUCUGCGUGCUAGAUGCAUAGUUCUUAUAUCAUCUAAACCAUGUGAUGCAUUGGAUGAAAAUUACUGUAAGUCGUUCCCUUCGGCAAAUGCGUUAAAUGAGAUUUUUGUAAAUGUUAAUACAUCAAUGAAGAAAAGGUUAGCUGAGCUAGAACAGGUUGCGGAAGAAAAUGUUUUAUUCAAGCAGUACAUAUCAUCAGAAAUACGUAACAGAAAGAAGGAUUUGAAGUUAGAUCCUGAAAAGAGAUGGGAUGACAAAACCAUAGUUAUAAUUGAUGUUAUUCCUGGUGACAGGGAAGAAAGUGAAGGAGUUGAUAUUAAUAUUUGGGAGGUACCUCUGAAGAUUAAUAUUAUGAAUAAGAAUAGUAGUCUUUACUUAAAAGUCGAAAACAUUAGUAAAAAUAGAGCCAUCUGUGGUUUAAGUGUGCUGUGCAUAUUAGUAAACAGACAACCAAGUGGAAAAAAUCAUAUGAUUGUUUACAACGGAAGUUUUCCGUUAUAUGCACAAAAUCGGUCAUUUGAAAUUUUAGGAACAGAAAGUAUUGAGCAAGUUGGCAAUGGUUACAUUCUCAACGGAAAGAUCGGUAUUAUUGCACAGGUGUACAUGUCGAAGCCUAACAAAUAGUAGAGGUAGCCUUUGAACAUUGGUGAGAUUUGUAUAUUUAUAUAUGUCAGGACAAAAAAGAAAGGUAUCUAUAAUGACUAUAAGAAAUGUAAAUACACUGUGUAAAUAGUUGAAUAAGGUUGAUAUCUUGACGAAGAAUCGAGUGUUGUUGUGUAGUCAGUAACUGUAAAAUACGCAUUGCAAUGUAUCAAUACUGUAUGGAAUAAAAUACUUAUAUAGCAAAAUUGUAUCUGAAAAUUAAAAAUGUCAAAUAUAUACUUACAGUAUGUGCGUGUGUCUGUGGACGAUAUACUGUUGUUGUUGUUGAUGAUGGUGGUGGUGGUGUUGAUGGUGGUAAUAAUUUUCUGGUGAUGAUGAUAAUGAUGGCGAUGAUAUAUUGAUAAUGUUAUCGAGGGUCAUAUUUAGCUGAUG